AUGCCAGCCAAAGAUGGCAUCAUGGUCUUGCCGUCUGGCGCUGGCUAUGCCAUUGUCAUCGGAAUCGGAGGCGUCUUCGCCCUCAUAAUGUUGGGCAUCACCUGGCUGCAGAACCGCUACGUACGUUCUCUUUACACCACCCCCCAAGACAACUGAACACUGACCAGACAAUUCAGACCACUUUCUCCACCAAGAACUCCGAAGAAUUCAACACUGCCUCCCGUUCCGUCAAGCCCGGUCUUAUUGCCUCGGGCAUUGUCUCCAGCUGGACCUGGAGCGCUACACUUCUCACCAGCUCGACUUUCGCAUACUCCUACGGCGUCUGUGGACCCAUGUGGUACGGCGCCAUGGGCACGUUCCAGAUCCUCCUCUUCGCUCUCAUUGCCAUCAAAAUCAAGGCCAACGCUCCUGGAGCUCACACUUUCCCCGAGAUCUUACUGGCCAAGCAUGGCAAGAUUGCCCAUCUGACGUACCUCUUCAAUGGAAUCGCAACCAACAUGCUGGUCGGCGCUUGUCUUGUCCUCGGUGGCUCUCAGGUCGUUGCCGCGCUCUCCGGCAUGAACGUCUACGCCGCCUGUUUCCUGAUCCCGUUGGUCGUGGCUGCCUAUGUGAUUGCCGGAGGCCUGAGGAGCACUUUCAUCGCCGACUACAUCCACACGGCCGUUCUGUUCGUUGCCAUUUUCGUCUUCGGCUUCUCCAUGUACGCUACCAGUGAUUUGGUCGGUUCGCCCGGCAGGUUGUACGAUCUCCUGGUGGAGGCGUCGGAGAAGAUGCCCAUCGCGACAAAUGCGGGAAAUGGCUCUUAUCUUGCUUUCCGCUCCGUCGAUGGACUGGUCUUUGCCAUCGAUCUCUUCGCCGCGGGCUUUAGUACCGUCUGGCUGGAUCAGGCUUACUGGCAACGAGCCAUCGCUUCUCGCCCGGAGACCAGCGUCAAGGCGUACAUUCUCGGCGGGAUCGCUUGGUAUGGGAUCCCUUUCGGUUUCGCCACGGCCAUGGGACUCGGUUGCGCUGCUCUGACUGGCAAUCCGGCUUUUCCCACGUACCCGCUCCCUCUCUCGACGGCGCAGAACAACGCGGGACUCUCCUCGCCUGCCACGGCCAUUACGCUUCUCGGCCAAGGGGGUGCUGUCCUGAUGCUUGUCCUUCUGUUCAUGGCUGUCACUUCCAGCACUUCCGCGGAGCUCAUCGCCGUCAGCUCCCUGCUGACCUUUGACGUGUACAAGACCUAUCUCUGCCCGGAUGCGAGUUCCGCGAGAUUGGUGCAGAUCUCCCACUACGGCAUCGUCCUCUACGCCCUGGUCCUGGCGGGCUUCUGCUGCAUCCUGAACGCCGUCGGGUUGAAUCUCACCUGGCUCCUGACCGUUUUGGCCAUCAUCGUCGGCGGCGGCGCGGUCCCCGUCGGCCUGGUCCUCAUCUGGAAACGCACUUCCACCCUCGCGGCCAUCGCUUCCCCCUGGAUCGGUCUGGCCUGUGGCCUCACGGCCUGGCUCGUCACCGCUUACAAGCGCUCCGGCGGCAUUUCCAUCGAAACGACGGGCGACACCAUGAACGCCGUCGCCGGCAACGUCACUUCUUUCGGCGUCGGCUGGCUCGCCUGCGUGCUCCUCACCCUCCUCUCCCCGGCAAAGUACGUCAGCAUGGAUCCCAGACAUAUCCAACGGAGUAAUAAAAUCCAGGGCAUCUUGAACCCCGCGGAAGGCGUGGAUCCCUCUUCGUCGCCCUCGCCUUCGCCGCCGUCUCCGCCGCAGGUCCAUCAUGACGAAGAGAAGAGCGCCACCACCACCACCAUCCAUCUCCCCGACAAACCUUCCAAACCCACCCCCACGACUCCCACCACCGACACCCCCCUCCCCUCCUUCCUCUCAGCCCCAACUUUCCAACCCAUGAACCCCACCUCCGUCUCACGCGGCGAACGCCUCGCCCUCACCGCCAACGCCCUCUUCCUACUCCUCGCCGUCUGCCUCGUGCCCUUCACCCUCUUCGGCACCGCCUAUGUGUUCGAUAAAGCUUUUUUCAAAGGCUGGGUCGUCGUCAGCUUUCUCUGGGUCUGGUGUAGUAUGUGUAUCUGUGUUGUUUACCCGGUGGUUGAGAGUUGGGGGGCGCUGGGGGACGUGGGGAGGGGGGUUAAGGGGGAUUUGUGGGGGUUGGUGAGGGGGAGGGGGAAGGGGGAGAAGAGGGGUGGUGAUGGUGUGGUGGUGGGGGUGAGUGGGAGGGAGGGAGGAUAG